AUGUCGGUGAUAGAUGACUGCACUGCUCGGAUAGUCGAAAUCGGGGUGCCCGGAGAAAACCCGUUAUGCGGUGUAGUGUUAGUCCCUUGCAAUGAGUUAUGGAAAUUGGACCGACCUGACGGGCAGUUAACCGACGAUGGCCUAGAAGACUCUUGCUCUGACUUACUUUCACUCGGUCCUGUCUCAAUUCAAUAUUCGUCGUCCGGUAGAACCGCCCACGCUGGGGAAGCCCGAUUUGAAGGUGCUGCGCCUUUUGAUGUGGUUCGUGAUGCCAGUGGGCUGAGGAUUAUCCGGUCAAGCAAGAAGCCGUCCGUGAAGUAUGUGGAGUCAGUUAUUCUGAGCGCCAUUGAAAGGUAUAUUGAAGAAACGCACGCGCGUGAGAUGAACCCGCAAGUGAUGGAUGAAUUGUGCGUGGCGGUGUUCGGUAGGACCCGAGCUAACUUGAUUGCCGCAGAAUUGGAAGUUCGCAAGCCGACUGUAGUGUUGAGUCGUGCGCCUACCGAAGAAGACCUGCCCGAGUUGUUACCGAGCCUGCCCGAGAGCUGGCAGCCGGUGGUUCGAGCCUCGGUCUGUCCCAAAGAGCCAGUGCAGGACGCGGUCGUGAGUCGAGAUCCCGUCAUCCGUAGAAGAUGGUGUUCCGAAAAAGCGUGCGCUUGGGCGACGGGGCUGUCGUUAACAGCCACUGUGAUCUUAAUGUAUGUUGGCUGGGAGAUAGUGAAUAGACGUGGUGAUACGUCCGGAGUAAUUACCAGGAACGAGACAUCCGGAGUAAUCACCGGCAACGAGACGAUCGGAGUAAUCGCCGGGAACGAGACGAGAAAUAGCGAAAUCGUAAAGACGGCGAUUCAAAGCAUGGGCGGGUCGAUUAAUUUAACAGGUCUGACUUUUGGCAGCAACACGAAGAAGCUACCAGUGGAGGCGUCGGAGUUAGCCUUACUGCGGGUGGCAGACGAGAUGAAGUGUACCGAGAUGUGGAAGAACCAGACCUCGAAGAUGCCCUGCAAGGAGUGGGGGGUUUUGAGGUGUACGGACAAUUCUCUUCCGAAAAACGAGACAUGGUUCCCAGGACCGAUGAUCCAGUGUUACGACUAUGGGAUGUACUUAAAACAAAAUGCAGAUGAGAUUAUGGAUGGUUUGAAACGUCUCACAAAAUGGGACGAUUGUGAACAUGUGUGUACCAGUGAGAAGGAACGAUUAGAUCUUUUCCGCCGUAAUGUGGUACGUCAAUUUCCACCGGGUUCCGCGUUCUACAAUGAUGAAGACCUGAGAUUUAAGGAGCACGAUAAUUUGCUCAAUUUCACGCCAAAUCCUAAGUGUAUGCUAUCGUGCAAACCGAACCAAUGCCAAGACGAAAGUUUCGGGAAAAAAACGCGUACCUGUAACUGCGGCUUCGCUACCGCCACGUGCGUCAUCGAACACAAUAAAACACAAAGCCACAUUAACUUCGCUGACUUCGCCAUACGCCCGUUCCAUCUACUUCAACGCGCUAUCAAUGAGACUGACGGUAACCUCACCGGCGGUGAUUUAGCUGGCGACAAUCACUCCCUCAUCCAGUGCGAUAUCACCUGUAAAGAUUUCCAGUCGCGCAAACGGCUCUAG